AUGGGAUCCUCACCCUCCAUCCACCAAAGUGUGUGUGAGAAACAUGGAGAGCAGCUCCACGUGUUCUGUGAGGAUGAUGGUCAGCUCAUCUGCAGGAGCUGUGAGCAGUCACCAGAGCACAAAGGACAUGUCACUGCUCCUGUCGAAGAUGCAUGCCAAGGUUACAGGGAGAAAACAAAGCAUGAGAAAGAAAGAAUACACUCUGAAUUCAAAAGUCUUCACAAGUUCCUGAACCAGGAGGAGUUUUAUAUGUGUAGACUAGAGAAAGAAAAAGAGCAGAAGCUGAGCAGACUGCAGGACAGUGUAGCCCAUCUGGACAACAAACUGCAGGAACUGAAGAAUGGCAUCCUGGAACUGGACAAGAAAUGUCAGGGCUCAGCACAGAAUUUGCUGCAGGAUAUAAAAGUCACCUUGAACAGGGUCUCAACUAUCAAUCUGGAAACACCAGAGGAUGUUUCUUUGGAGCUGCAUACUGUGUGCAAUGUCUCUGAGCUUAACUUUACCGUGAAAAAAAUGUUAAAGCACUUUCAAGUCAAGGUGACUCUGGAUCCAGACACUGCUCACCCAGGAUUAGAUGUUUCUGAUAAUCAGAGAAGAGUGUGUAAUGUUGGAAAAGAUUUCUUUAGAUUUUUUCCGAAGCCUCAAACUGCUGGAGGAUUCACUGCCUUACCCUGUGUCCUGGGCCGUGAGCGCUUCACCGCAGGAAGACAUUACUUUGAAGUGGAGGUGCGAGAAGGAAUCGAGUGGAGUGUAGGAUUUUGUCUGGAAAAUGUGCCAAGGGACACAUCGAUGCCUGGGUCUGGAUUCUGGAUUAUCAAACUGAAAAAGAACAAGAUGGGUUUAGCCCUUUCUUCUUAUGCCACUCCCUUAACACUGAGCAGCCAACCUGAAGUAGUAGGGAUUGUGCUAGACUGUGACGCUGGGCUUGUGUCCUUCUACGAUGCCACUACUGGUUCCCACAUCUACACCUUCCCAAAGGCCUCCUUCUCUCAUGCACUCAGACCUUAUUUCCAGGUUCAUAUGUUCUCUUCCUUGUUCCUGAUUUCCUCAGAUGAGUAA